GUCCUGCAUUAGCUCCCUACUACGGUCCUGCCUGGGAAGAUCCCACCCAGAAACUGCCUUAUUUUCUGCACAGGGAGCAGGAAGAGCUGCAGACAGGCAGCUGGCUCUGCCAUGCAGGUAAAUGUUUGACUGGAUAUUUGUCUGUUGGGUGCUGGGAAGAGAAUUGGACAGAACACCAGCCCGGAGGAAGCAGUCAUAACCAGGAGCCCCAAGGAGCCCCAGGAACAACCCCGAGACGUUCCAUCCACCAGCACAUUGCCCACCUGGGCUCCAGGUGGCCUGUUCCCAGCCAGAUGCUCACUGCAAAUGCAAGGACCAGGCAGCUAAAUGUCACCUGUACCAGUUCAGUGGACAUGGAGCUCUUUCUCCAUUACUCCCUCAUCCCAUCACUUCUCAUCAUUCUGGUCUUGUCCUUCCUACAAAGAAGAAAGCAUUGUAGACAGAGCGACGAUACCUCCUACCUCUUGGGGGACCACUUUGGAAUCAUCAUGCCUCUGGACUUCGUGGGGACUUUUAGUAACCGAUGGUCCUAUGGAAUCGCCUUUGGGGCCACAGCCAAUAAGGUCAUGUUCUUGUUCUCAGAAGGCUACCAGCCCCUGCAGGUCCCGCAGUGGGCCCAAGCCUUUGUGCUUCUGAUUGGAGGCAUCGAAGUUGGCCUGUCCUACUUCCCUUUCUUUGCCUGCCUCUCGUCGGAGUUCCGGCUGCUCAGCUCCAUCCUGGGCUUCUGCUACUCUCUGAUCUGGUUUGUUGUCACCAUUGUUCGAAUCUCACAGUGUCCCCAUGGGCAGUUUGUGGGGAGGUACGAGGCCCUGCUGUUCAACUGGCCCUCACUGCUGUGCCUGGCUUUCUUGCUUGGCCGCUUCCUGCACUUGUUUGUCAAGGCUCUGAGGGCCCACCUGGGCUGGGAACCCCAGGCGGAAGAAAAGCCCCUACUGGAAGUCCACCAGGCCAAGCACGUCAAGCAGCUCCUGAGGAAGGCCUGCCCACAAGAGAGAAAAAAGUCUUGGUUCCAAGCCAGGGUAUAUGAUUGGGACCCCUGUUUUCAAUUCCCAAGCAGAAUGAUUGGUACUAUUGUGUUGGCUUUCAUCUGCCUGUACCUUUUCAUCAUCAUUGAGUUCUGCAUGUUCGUGUACGUGAGAGACGAACUGGAUGUGUUUGAAGGCAAGCUAGAGAGUUAUGACGCCUUUAUGAACCAGACAGGGACCCUGACCCCAACCAUCCUGCAAGUGAAGGAGCUGAUCAGUAUCUCCAAAGGAGUUUGGGUGGCAACCAUCUUGCCUGCCUCUCUCACAAGUGUGAGCUAUCUGUUCCAUAUUUUGGCCUGUUACAGAAAGCACAUGAAGAGGCUGUGGGCAGGAAAUAAGCACUUUCUCCCUUUGAGGUUCCACAAUCCGUCCCCGACAGCGAGUGUGGUGGCCAUCGCAAGGUACUCUGGCUGGCAGAUAGCUUAUAUUCUGUGGGGCUACCUCAUCAUCCAUGUGAUGCAGAGCCUGUGUGGCCUGAUGAUCAUGUACGGCCUGGUGCUUCCUGUCACCCACCACAGGGGCCUGGAGAUGCUCCGAGGGCUGGGCGUUGGGAUCCUCACCAUCUCCAUCGUCGUGGGCCUCAUGAUCCUGCAGGUGUGGAUUGCGGCCAGCUUCUUCCUGCAGCCCAAGCUGGGCCCAGAUGACCAGCAGAAGCCCUUGGCUCUCAACAACCGGAAAGCCUUCCACAACUUCAACUACUUCCUGUUCUUCUACAACGUGCUGCUGGGCCUGGGUGCCUGCCUCUCCAGGUUGCUCAUCAGUUGCAUCCUGGGCACGUGGCUGAUUGCGCGCAUUGACAGGACCAUCAUGCAGAGUGGCUAUGAGGGAGCAGACAUGGGGUUCAGCGCAUGGAUCGGCAUGCUGUACAUGGACCAUUAUCACACCAACCCCGUGCUGGUCAGCUUUUGCCACCUCCUGAUCACAAGCCACAGGGAGAGGAAGCUGAAGAAGUCCGUCAGAUACUGGUGCCUAGACCAAUCAGCCGGUCCCCGCAUCUCAGCUAGGUCCAGAACAAGGUGGUUCCUGCUGCAGACCCUGAUCAACAACCCCAGACUCGUCAUGCUCAGAAAAUCAAAAUCAGGGCAUGGUUCCUGGGAAUUACCCAGAUUCUGCCUGACAUGCUCAGAGAGCUGAUGCUGGCCACAAACAUCUGCUCCAAGGCCAGAUCAGGCCAUCUUCGCCUGAGAGAAGGCUCAGUCUAACCAGCAGCUGUUCCCUGGGAUGGGAGAGGAUGGUACAGGCACUGUCCACACAGAUGGCAGACAGCAUUGACCACUUGUGGGAUGGCCACCUGGGUUGAGAGUCGAAGUCUCAGAACUAUUUUUCUCUUUUAGCAAAAAAAAAAAAAAAAAAAAAAAAAAGAUAAAAAACUAAAGAAAAGUUUGUUGAGCAAACUUUAUCCACUGAUUCUUCUACGAUCUGUAUUAAUAGGCAGUCUUGGGAAGUUACCUGUUAAGAAGCACAAAGUUUGACUCCAAGGCAGAACUUUGUCACUGAAGAAGGUGGUAAAAUGUUUACAUCAGAAACUCUGUUUUUCUAGAACAGAGUGUGGUCCUUGAUCCAAUGGGGUCCUCAUUGCUUUCUUCUUUCCAGGCUCUAGGGUGGUGGGAGAGAAGGAAACCCAUCCAGCCCCCAAGCUGGGAAGAUGAGCAGGCACACUGUCCCACGGCUGCUGGGUUGAGGAGUAGAUCAGAGCUGACCUGGGCCUGGCUCACAGAGAAGAUGCUCAGACUCUCUGACAAGGGUGGGAUCACCUAGGAAAACUACCUGUCUGAUGAAGCAGAGGCAGGCGAGGCAGGCAUUCCAGGCAGGGGACAAUAAGCAGACCAGCCCCAGUGUUUUUGAUGAGGAUGAACCCUGAAGCAUGUGAGGGUGUGGGGUGCCAUGGCUGGUUAGGACCACUCCAACGACACACAAAUGCCAGUUGGGAGACCUGGGCAUUUGUUCUUGUGCAGAGUCCAGUAUGUACCCAAAUUUUUAAUGCUCAAGCAUAAAGCCUGGGAUGACCCAAGACCUGUGUAAAGUUUGUUCAAAGUCCCUCAUGAGCCUGGGAAAGUGCCAUGAGGGCCCCACCAACAUUGUAGAGGAAAAUCCCCAUCCACCUCAUGAGUCCCAGAGUGAUUGUAAUUUGGUUAUCAUUAUUAAGUACUUGAUAUAAACUCAGUCUUAUGGCUAGGUAUGUUUGCCAGAGUUAUCUCUUUUAGCUUAAUCUCUUCAACCAAGCUUUGCCAUUCUGCAUUUAGAAACAAAACUAGGACCCCCCCAUAUGACCCUUAGAAGCUGUUUGACACUGGUCAAAUUACUUUGCCUUUCUCCAUUCACUUUUCUCAUCUAUAAAAAGAAACCCUCUAAGGUAAUAACACCCCACAUUAUUUUGAGAAUAAGUUGAGUUAAUAAAUAUACACACUCUAAAGUUAGUCUCUGUCUUAUCCUAAACUCUUUAAAGCAAAAGACUUGACUUGACAUUGGAUGUUGCUAUGACUUGAAUACGGGUAAUGUCUCCCAAAGGUUCACGUGUUAAAGCCUUGGUCUCCAGAGUGGCAUCUUUGGUGGACACUUUAGGAGGUGAGGCCUAGUGGGUAGUCCUUAGGUCAUCUGGGGUGUGCCUUCCAAGGGGACUGUGGGACCUGGGUCUCUUCUCCCUGUUUCUUGACUGAUGGAGUGAGCGGUUUUGCUUUACAUUUGCUCCUACCAUGUUGUUCAUUAGAGGCCCAAGGCAGUGGGUCACUUGAUUGUGAACUGGAACCUCUAUAACCAUGAGCCAAAAUAAACCUCUGCUCUUUAUAAGUUAAUUAUUUCAGAUAUUUUGUUGUUGUAGUAACAGGAAGCUGACUUAAACAGAUGUCAUUUCACAGAAAGACAACCACAUGGCUAACAAGUUUAAGAAAAGGUGCUUCAUAUUGUAACUUGUCAGUAAAACACAAAACCAUACUGUUAUACCACCACAUAAUGGCUAACAAUGAAAACUGGUGACACUAUCAAGUGUUGAUGGGGAUUCAGAGCCACAGGAACUCUCAUGCACUGUGGUUUGUGAAAACUGUUACAACCACUUAAAAAAAUUAUUUAAUGGUUUCUCCUAAAGAUAUACAUGUACAGACUAUGACCCAACAAUUCCAAUCUUAAGUAUAUAACCAAGAGAAAUGCCGACAUAUGUUCACCAUGCAAAAGAAAGAUCAGAGCAGCAUUAUAGAUAUAUUCCCAAAUUGAAAAAAACCAAUGUGAUUCAAUCCUAGAAAGGAUAAACAAAAUGGACUAUGUUUUUAAAUAAUGGAAUACAAUACAGAAAUAAACAUAUUUAAAAAUGUAUGGAACUCACAAACAUAAUGAAAGAAGUGCAACAUAAAAGAGUCUAAUCUGUGUGAUUCCGUUUAAAUAAACAU